AUGAAAAAAUCGGAGGAUCUAAAAUCCGAAUUGCCACCUCCCAUUCCAAGCUUGGGGGAAAUGGCAUUUUACGUUCAAGAGAAGUUCCGACUUUACGAGACAAGAGCGAGAUUUUACUUGAUCGGAAGUGAUCGUAACAGAAGGUUCUUUCGUGUCUUGAAAUUUGACCGUUUGGAGCCAUCUGAUCUCUACAUUGACGAAGACCCUGCGGUGUAUUCUUCUCGUGAAAUCGAUGAUCUUCUACGACGUAUUGCUGAUGGAAAUAAAGCAACAGGAGGCCUUACUUUUGUGACCGAAGCUUAUGGUAUUGCAGGGUGUGUCAAGUUUCUGGAAUCGUAUUAUUUGAUUCUAAUUACUAAGCGCAAACAAGUUGGACUUCUAUGUGGUCAUGUAAUAUACAGCAUUCAGGAGAGCCAAACGAUAACAAUACCACACGCCUCAGUUCAAACCGAUGCAGCUCACUCAAAAACUGAACUGAGGUACAAGAAGCUUUUAUGCAGUGUUGAUUUGACGAAGGACUUUUUCUAUAGUUAUACCUACCCUAUAAUGCAGAGUUUGCAGAAGAAUGUGUUGUCCAGGACUGGGAUGCCGUACGAUAACAUUUUUGUUUGGAAUGAUUAUUUGACACGAGAAAUACGAUCUAUAUGCAAUAACAGCAUAUGGACAGUAGCUCUAGUUCAUGGCUAUUUUGAACAGGCACGCUUAUCAAUCUUUGGGAGGGAAUUCAGUAUUUCAUUGAUUUCUAGACGAUCAAGAUAUUUUGCAGGGACUCGCUAUUUGAAGAGGGGAGUCAAUGACCUGGGAAAGGUUGCUAAUGAUGUUGAGACAGAGCAGAUUAUCCUUGAAGAAGAAGCUGGUUCUUACAAGGGACAAAUGAGUUCUGUUGUGCAAAUGCGUGGCUCUGUACCACUUUUCUGGUCUCAAGAAACUUCUAGAUUCAGUCCCAAGCCGGACAUCGUCUUGCAGAGGUAUGAUCCAACCUACGAGGCCACAAAAUUGCAUUUUGAAGACCUUGCGGAGAGAUAUGGCAAUCCAAUUAUUGUGUUUAAUCUGAUUAAGACGGUUGAGAAACGGCCAAGAGAAAUGAUAUUAAGGCGAGAAUUUGCUAACGCUGUUGGGUAUCUGAAUCAAAUUCUACCCAAAGAAAACGAGCUUAGAUAUAUUCACUGGGACUUUCACAAGUUCUCAAAGACCAAGUCUCCAAAUAAGUAUGGAAAUAUUUUGGGGGUUUUACGUACUGUGGCAAGGGAAGCAAUUGAUUUGACUGGUUUCUACUACAGUGGCAAGCGCAACAUCAAAAAAAUGGCCGACAAAACCAACCCAACAAGCAACGGAAUCAGUCUUCAUUCACCAUUUUUUCAGAACGGAGUUAUGCGUACCAACUGUAUUGAUUGCUUGGAUCGUACUAACAUAGCACAGUUUGCUUUUGGUCUUCAAGCUUUAGGAUGCCAGCUUAAAGCAAUGGGUUUAAGUGAUGUUUCAUGUUUGGAUUCUGAUAGUAGUAUUGCUGCAGCUUUGAUGGAUAUGUAUAGAAGUAUGGGAGAUGCUCUGGCCGAGCAAUAUGGUGGUUCUGCAGCUCACAAUACUGUGUUUCCAGAGCAACCAGGAAAGUGGAAAGCAACAACACAAUCAAGAGAGUUUUUGAAAUCUUUAAAGCGUUAUUACUGUAAUACGUACACAGAUGGGGAAAAACAAGAUGCAAUAAACUUGUUCUUAGGUUGCUUUCAGCCACAGGAAGGAAAACCCGCUUUGUGGGAGUUGGAAUCAGAUUACCAUCUUCAUGUAUCUGGGGCUGGGAACGACCUAAAAAUCUUGGACAACUGGUCUAAAGACCCAGCUGGUAUAGCUGGAACAACUCCUCUCAGACCUCUCCCAGCCUGCAGAGAGGAUUUCUCGCGCAUAAAGUUGACUUCAUUUGAUAAGCUAAUUGAGAAGACACGCGGUGCAAUUAGGGACGUGAGGAUAUCCAGUGAACCAGAUCAGACACUGGGGGGCGGCUAUAAAAAGAGUGGGGUUGCACCUGAUGCAGCUGAGAUCCAGCUUAAAAGCGCAAAUUGGAUUUUUGGACAGAGAAACCAUCAAGGGAGUGUCACAGAGGGAAAAGCUACUUCUCAUGAAACUGAUUUCGAGAAAUGCCAAGCUGGAAAGAAGGAUAGUGGUUUUGAUAAUCUCGAUUGGCUUUUUUCUAGCAGUGAUAUGAAUGAAGAAGAAACUAUGCGAAGAUACCAGGAAAUGGCCUCAGUUAACGAAGAGAAUGAGAAUGGUUGGUACGGGGGUUCUCUUCUUCGUGAUUUUGAUGAGAACAGUGAAAUAUAUAAGCAUUAUGCUGCGUUAUGUCACAUUCCUGAGUUGGAACCUUUUAAAGCUGAUGACCCUGAGAAGGAAAAACAUUAUGCCGAUGUUUUAAGGAUGGGAUCAUUUGAUGCUCUUAAACUUGAUGAUGUUGCCAUUGCUGCAGAAAUGGAACGAGCUCUCAAGGAGUAUGAUCAAAUUGGUGAGGACUUUGGAAUUAUUCCCAAAUCUUGUAAAUUCCUUGCUGAAAAUCACAGCUGGUUGACACGCUGGUUAAUUGGGAAAGAAAAGGUACCAACAAGAGGGUCGAUGUAG